CCCCUCCUCCUCAGGUGAGGCAGCCUGGCCUAGCAGGCCCCACGCCACCGCCUCUGCCUCCAGGCCGCCCGCUGCUGCGGGGCCACCAUGCUCCUGCCCAGGCCUGGAGACUGACCCGACCCCGGCACUACCUCGAGGCUCCGCCCCCACCUGCUGGACCCCAGGGUCCUCAGCUGUCUCCUCCCUCAAACCGGGAUCCUCAGUCCCCUGCUCCACCAGGCUCAGGCAUGGGAGUCCCCAUCCCUGCAAAUCCAGGCGUCCCCCCGCUGCUGGUCAGACACUGACCCCAUCCUUGAACCCAGCCCAAUCUGCGUCCGUGAUCACGGCGUGCUCUGGCCAAGGCCCAGUCCCUACAGCCUGCCUGGAUGGACGCCUGGGACUGGGGGCGCCAGGACUGGGCUGGGCUGGGCUCCCCCAGGCCCUGCCUCCCCGUCCAUCUCCUCACAGGUCCCACCCUGGCCCAGGAGGUCAGCCAGGGAAUCAUUAACAAGAGGCAGUGACAUGGCGCAGAAGGAGGGUGGCCGGACUGUGCCAUGCUGCUCCAGACCCAAGGUGGCAGCUCUCACUGCGGGGACCCUGCUACUUCUGACAGCCAUCGGGGCGGCAUCCUGGGCCAUUGUGGCUGUUCUCCUCAGGAGUGACCAGGAGCCGCUGUACCCAGUGCAGGUCAGCUCUGCGGACGCUCGGCUCAUGGUCUUUGACAAGACGGAAGGGACGUGGCGGCUGCUGUGCUCCUCGCGCUCCAACGCCAGGGUAGCUGGACUCAGCUGCGAGGAGAUGGGCUUCCUCAGGGCACUGACCCACUCCGAGCUGGACGUGCGAACGGCGGGCGCCAAUGGCACGUCGGGCUUCUUCUGUGUGGACGAGGGGAGGCUGCCCCACACCCAGAGGCUGCUGGAGGUCAUCUCCGUGUGUGAUUGCCCCAGAGGCCGUUUCUUGGCCACCAUCUGCCAAGACUGUGGCCGCAGGAAGCUGCCCGUGGACCGCAUCGUGGGAGGCCGGGACACCAGCUUGGGCCGGUGGCCGUGGCAAGUCAGCCUUCGCUAUGAUGGAGCACACCUCUGUGGGGGAUCCCUGCUCUCCGGGGACUGGGUGCUGACAGCCGCCCACUGCUUCCCGGAGCGGAACCGGGUCCUGUCCCGAUGGCGAGUGUUUGCCGGUGCCGUGGCCCAGGCCUCUCCCCACGGCCUGCAGCUGGGGGUGCAGGCUGUGGUCUACCACGGGGGCUAUCUUCCCUUUCGGGACCCCAACAGCGAGGAGAACAGCAACGAUAUUGCCCUGGUCCACCUCUCCAGUCCCCUGCCCCUCACAGAAUACAUCCAGCCUGUGUGCCUCCCAGCUGCCGGCCAGGCCCUGGUGGAUGGCAAGAUCUGUACCGUGACGGGCUGGGGCAACACGCAGUACUAUGGCCAACAGGCCGGGGUACUCCAGGAGGCUCGAGUCCCCAUAAUCAGCAAUGAUGUCUGCAAUGGCGCUGACUUCUAUGGAAACCAGAUCAAGCCCAAGAUGUUCUGUGCUGGCUACCCCGAGGGUGGCAUUGAUGCCUGCCAGGGCGACAGCGGUGGUCCCUUUGUGUGUGAGGACAGCAUCUCUCGGACGCCACGUUGGCGGCUGUGUGGCAUUGUGAGUUGGGGCACUGGCUGUGCCCUGGCCCAGAAGCCAGGCGUCUACACCAAAGUCAGUGACUUCCGGGAGUGGAUCUUCCAGGCCAUAAAGGUGAAAGUUGGGUCCAGAUGGGAGCCAGGGUGGGGAUGUUUGGGUGUCUAAUGGGGGAAGGGAGGCAGAGAUUUGUUUUAGGAAACCUACGCUCAGGCCUAGAAGAGGGCCCACCUUGGGAACAGAUGGACUUUGAAGGGUUCCUGGGGAAGGGAAGCCAGUGGUGGGACGUGGAAGCCUCUCAGACCUCGGGAGCCCCCAGCUGUCUUUCCCCAGACUCACUCCGAAGCCAGUGGCAUGGUGACCCAGCUCUGACCGGUGGCUUCUCGCUGCGCAGCCUCCAGGGCCCGAGGUGAUCCCGGUGGUGGGAUCCACGCCGGGCCUAGAUGGGACGUUUUUCUUCUUGGGCCCGGUCCACAGGUCCAAGGACACCCUCCCUCCAGGGUCCUCUCUUCCACAGUGGCGGGCCCACUCAGCCCCGAGACCACCCAACCUCACCCUCCUGACCCCCAUGUAAAUAUUGUUCUGCUGUCUGGGACUCCUGUCUAGGUGCCCCUGAUGACGGGAUGCUCUUUAAAUAAUAAAGAUGGUUUUGAUUAA